ACAGGCACAUGGCGAGAAAAGACAACAACAACAACAAUGACAGAGCUGAAACAUGCCCCACCGCUGCCCACGUCAAAGAGAAGAAAUAAGAAGACAGAUGAAGAAAAGCAGUACCAUAAAAAAAAGAAGUGGACCGAGCCAGACUGAAAACAAGGAUAAAUAUCGGAGCAUCAUGUCAGAGGUGGAGGGAGCUGCGGGAUUUGUAAGGACUCCAGAGCGAUGCAGAGUCGGCUUCUUUUCUGCUGGACAGGUCAGACAUGGCAGCCCAAGAAAUGUGACCUAUCCGCGGUGGUGCAGCUGUCGUUCCCAACCUGAGGGAGUUGGGGGUGAAGCAGUGAGAUGGGAGGGAGAGAGACAGAUAACAUGAGCUGAGUUAAGUCUAAGAAGCCUACAAAGGUCAAAAGUGUAUUUCUUUAAAAGAUACUCAAAUGUAGCUACUGAAUAACACACUACAGCAGAAGGCCUGAGCGGUUUGACAUUGAGGAGAAAGGAUUCCUCUCUCCGUCUCACCACUCUUCAACAGGGUUAAAGCUGUUGAAAGGGACCAUGGUGGUGGCUGCUAAUGCUACAUGAUCUAGGGUGGACUUACACCUACAGCCCGUGCUCGCUAAAGGACAUGCAGAGACACGGGCUUUAGCAAAUGAUUUGAGAUGAAAUAUUUUGCUCGAUGGAUCUUGUUACCUUCACUUGGACUUUGCGGGGAUGUCCAAAGGGAUUCCUUUCGGCUUUACUGGCAAAAGUGAGUGCAACAGCCAAGGUCAAACAUCCUUGAGCACAGAGACAUCUGAACUAAUGGAGUCUUUUAGAGGAGGCCUUCAAUGACUGCAGCUCAUCUUGACACCCCAAUUAAUUACCACAUAAAAAGUACAGUCAGUAAAGGGUUAAAGUGUCAAAGAAAUCAAGAUGGGUGAAGUCCCUGGAUCCAGUCCCUGCAUCCCUUCCAAGAGGCCCAAAGUCACCAAGGACCAGGUUGCAUCUGAAGAACCCACGCCGCCAGUUUUCAUCCGUAAACUCCGUAAAGCAGCAGUAGGAACAGGUUGUGAUAUCCGACUGAGGGUGUCCGUGACGGGACUUCCAAAACCUUCGCUGACCUGGUACCACAACGAUGAGCUCCUUCCACCAUCAGAGGCCCAGGACUCAGGAGGGCUGUGGAUACGAGACUGCCGGACGAGUGACGCUGGCUUGUAUGCCUGCGUGGCGACCAAUGAGCUGGGAGAGGCAAGCUGCAGCGCUGUCUUGGCAAUUAUGGACCUUGGCGAAGAGAACUGGGCACUCCACACGGACUUUUGGCAGAUUUACCCAUGCGAAGUUUUCCGCUCCUGCCGAAAGCAAAGCUAUGACUCUGAGACCACAGAGGAUGAGACCACUGAACCUCAGAUGGAAACCAAAGAAGGGCCCGGGAGGCACCAUGACAAGGCUGGACGGAGAGGACCUGCAGGUGAGGGAGGAGGGAUGAUGGACUAUAACCCCGAUGGUUCAGACCGCAGGGCGACCCUGCCCGGUGCCUAUGACCCCGUGGUGGAGCGAGAGCUUCGCGCUCUGGGCUCCCGCCCUCCGGGGCCCCACUUGGACCCCACAAACCCAGCCAGGACUCAAACUGCUGAUGAAUCUCAGGGGCCCUCCGCCCAUGCCCCCCUGUCUUCUCCCCAGCCACCUCCCACCACACACAAAAAUGGCAUCAGUACCCCGAAGCAAGACCCGGAUAAAACCAAACCUUCAGAACCCCAAUCUUCUAAGACAGACCAGGCAUCAAGUGUGGUCAUGACGCCCAAACUGGCUCGUGCGGGGCCAAGGAUCUCCGACAAGGUCCGCGCUUUUGAGGAGCGAAGGGCUAGCGUGGACCUGCCAGGAGGAGUAUCAGGACGAGCGGUUUCCUUCGACUCAGACGACGGCAGAAAGAAGGCAGGAGGCCCCGGCGCGGCCCAGAAACGAACGGCAUUCAAGCAACGGGCCUCUUCGUUAGAGGACCAGACGAGCUACUCCCAGAGGGUCCAGAGCUACCAGAGCAAGUUCGCAGAGGAGCUCCAGAGGAUCAAGAAACUUGUGGGGAAGCCGAGCUUGAAGAAGGCGUUCUCCACCGAGCAGCUGUCUCAGAAAGAGAGGGUGACCACGGGGAAACUAGAACCCAUUCCUCCCCAGGUGGUUAAAAAGUUGGAGGCGAGGGAGCGAGCUGUGGAGGAGAGGGAAGGGAACAUCCGAGGAAAAGGGCUGAGGGAAAACCCUGUGAAGGAUAAGAUGACACAGCCAGAUUCGCAGGGGAAACCAGUGGAUAGCACAGCAAAAAUCUCUGUUACCAUGGAGACAGCACCAGUACACCAGUUACCAGGACAACCAUUACCAUCAUCCACAAGGACAAGCCUCACCAGGGAAACCCUACAAAGCACUCCGGCAGCUGACAAAGACGCACAUGUUCCCACGUCUCAGAAAUCCUCCUUCAGAAAUCUGGAGAUGGAUUCAAAGAUGGACCGUAGAUCACCAAGCCCGCAUGGGAAGAGAGCGUCCCAAAUAACUGUGAGGGAACCAGGGUCCCAGUAUCCACCCAAGCCCCCCCGACUCACCCCGUCGCCCACUCCUUCCAUCAGCCCCCUCCUGAAAAGGAGAAAGGCGGAGGUGGGUCGGACGUCUCCGGCCUUGAAAUUAAACAUCCCCACGAUCCUGGUGGAGGAUGAACCCAUGGAGACAGAAUGUGUCGCAGACAGGAGCGCUGAGGGAACCAAGACCAGGAGGAAGGAGGGGAAAGUUCGGAAGAGCAAGACGGGCCGCGCUGCUCAACCCAGAUCUCCAGAGGAAGGGGGUUCGUCCGACGACUCCUACCUGUCUGCUGAUGACGAGCAGGCCGAGGGCCCGAGGUUUGACCGGCCUCUUGAGGACGUCAUGGCAUCAAGUGGCACCGAGGUCACGCUGAAAUGCAUCGUCACUGGGAGUCCGCCACCUACAGUGACAUGGAGGAAGAGUAAUGUAGAGAUACGGAGCGAUGCUUUCCAUGUGGUUAAGGCCGAGGGUGAGAGGCACAGUCUGGUGAUAAAGGAGAUGAGGCCGAACAACGCGGGGUCGUACUGCGUCACGGCUGUCAACGCGGCCGGCAGAGUGUCCUGCAGCGCCAGGCUUUACAUCCAAUCAGAGCCGGCCCACAUGCAUUGUGGGAAACGGGCCGCGGCCUUGGAGGUCAGCAGUCCGGCCCAGUCGGAUGAGGAGUACCUGAGCCCUCAGGAGGAGGCGAUGGAGCUCGGGGACACACCUGCUCCGAGUAAAAAGGUCCACUUCAAAGAACCUCCAUCAUUUCAGGUGGCACCAUGUGACCAGGGGGUCACGGAGGGUCAAGACGUCGUCAUCUCAGCGAAGGUCAGCGGGCAGCCCAAACCCAUGGUUUACUGGUUGAAGGACAGAGUCACGGUGAAGACAGCGGGGCGCUUCACCGUGCGAGAAACAGACGACGGCACCAGUGAAAUGAGGAUCGGCUCGGCUCAGAGGUCGGACGGAGGGCUUUAUGUCUGCAAGAUCAUCAACGAGCAUGGAAGCAAACAGGCGGAGUGCCGAGUGGAGGUCAAAGUGAAUGCAGCACAAACGGCGGUGAAAAUCACCAGGGAGGUCAGCGACGUGGUGGUGAAGGCCGGAGAGUCGGCCAUGUUCGAGUGUUACAUCACAGGACCUCCAGACGUUGACGUGGACUGGCUGUCCAAUGGGAAGUUAAUCCAGCCAGCGCUGCUCAACUGCAAAAUGCACUUUGAUGGCAAAAGGUGCCGUCUGUUGCUGAAUUCAGUACACGAGGAUGACAGUGGAACAUACACCUGCAAGCUGAGCACUGCCAAAGAGGAGCUGACCUCAAGCGCCAGCCUGAAGGUCACCCCAUCCAGGGAGCCUCUGUUCACCCGUAAGCUGGACAUCCUGGAGGUCAUCGAAGGUCGCACUGCCCGGUUUGACUGUAAAGUGAGCGGUUUACCUGCUCCUCGGGUCACAUGGAUGCACUUUGAGACGAGAGUGGAGGAGAGUGAGAACAUUCGCAUCCUUCAGGAGGGGGGUCGUCACUCACUUGUCAUCACCCACGUCAGCAGCGACACGGAGGGCUUCUACACGGCAGUCGCUCAAAACGUCUACGGAAAGGCCGACUGCACCGCCGAGCUCUACAUGCAAGAACCUCGAGCCGCCAUCACCUCUCACAUGGCCAAGCUGGAGAAGAUGCCAUCCAUUCCCGAGGAGCCCGAGGUGCUGGAGAGUGAAGUGGAGAGGAGGACGAUGCCAGACUUUGUCAAACCUCUGGCUGACGUGGAGGUGAUCGAAGGCAAAGAGGUGGUGCUGAAAUGCAAAGUGGCGGGCCUCCCCUACCCGACCAUCGGCUGGUACCACAACGGCAAGCGCAUCGAGAGCAGCGAGGAACGCAAAAUGACCCAGUACAGGGAUGUCCACAAUCUGGUCAUUCGGAACGCCUGUCACGCUCAUGGGGGCGUCUACAAGGCCGUCAUCUCCAAUAAAGUGGGCAAAGCAGCCUGCUAUGCACAUCUAUACGUCACAGACAUCGUUCCUGACCCCCCUGACGGCCCACCAGUGAUCGAGGCUAUCACAGGGAAAACUAUCAGCCUCAGCUGGAAGAGACCAAAGAGGCUCGACUCUUCUUUCGAUUCCGGCGCCUUGCUUUACGUGGUCCAGCAGCAGCCUCUGGGCUCGAUCCAGUGGUCUGUGGUGGCGUCGAACCUGAAGGAGACCAACUACACCGUCACCUCGCUGUCCAAAGGAGUCCGAUAUGCUUUCAGAGUGCUGACGUCCACCGGGAAGACGUUCAGCAAACCAUCACCCUCUACCGACCUGGUCCAGCUGCUGGACAGAGGACCAUAUUUGAGGAAAACACCAGUCAUCUUGGAGAAACCCGACAUUGUUUACGUGGUUGAGAACCAACCAGCGACCAUCACCAUCACGCUGAACCACGUGCACGCAGUCGUCACCUGGAAAAGGAGGGGGGUGGUGCUGGUCAACAAACCGGGUACGUACGAGAUGAGCAUGCCAGACGACGAUCAACACACCCUGAAGCUCCAGCGGGUCCGGGGCACAGACGUCGGCCAGUUGGUGGUCACGGCCAGCAACCAGUUUGGCAGCGACCUCUGCACGCUUCAGCUGGCAAUGGCAGUGUCUCCCAAGUUUGAAACCAUCAUGGAGGAUGUGGACGUGCACAUCGGGGAGACGUGCCGUCUGGCUGUAGUGGUUGAAGGGAAACCAGACCCAGAUAUAAUGUGGUUUAAGGAUGAUGUGCUCCUCGCCGAGAGCAGCCACUUCACAUUUGUGUACGAUGACCCAGAAUACUCCCUCGUUGUCCUCAACGCCUGCCCCGAACACUCCGGCGUGUACACCUGCACCGCUAAGAACCUGGCCGGCUCCAACUCCUGCAAGGCCGAAGUCACCGUCCACACAGAGCGAAAAGAAGAGGCUGAGCCAAUGGAGGACGAGGGAACCAUUCUGAGGAAGAUGAGGCGCUUGACGGAUUACUAUGAUAACCACAAAGAGAUAGGGAGGGGGGCCUUCUCCUAUGUGAAGCGGGUGACUCAGAAAAAGGGAAAGGCCGAGUUCGCUGCCAAGUUCAUCUCUGCUCGAGGGAAGAGGAAAGCCUUGGCUCUCAGAGAGAUGGACCUGCUGUCUGAGCUGGACAACGAGAGGAUCCUGUACUUCCACGACGCCUUCGAGAAGAAGAACAUGGUGGUGAUCAUCACAGAGUUAUGUCACGAGGAGCUGCUGGAGAGAAUGUCCAAAAAAACAACAGUCAAGGAGCUGGAGAUCCGCUGGAGUGUUCAGCAGGUUUUGGAGGGUCUUCGUUAUCUUCAUCAAAAAAACAUCGCCCACCUUGAUAUUAAGCCUGAAAACAUUUUAAUGGCGAGCGCCGGGAGCGACCAGAUCCGCAUUUGUGACUUCGGCAACGCCAUGAAACUGGAUUCUUCUGAGGAGUACUACAGCAAGUACGGCACGCCAGAAUAUGUGGCGCCGGAGAUCGUUAACCAAACGCCCGUCUCCACGGCAACAGACAUAUGGCCUGUCGGUGUCAUCACUUACCUCUGCCUGACUGGUGUGUCUCCUUUCGCUGGCGAGAACGAUCGCGCCACAGCCUUAAACAUCCGUAACUACAACGUGGCGUUCGAGGAGAGCAUGUUCUCUGACCUCUGCAAAGAAGCAAAGGGAUUCGUCAUCAAGCUCUUGGUGGUGGACAGACUGAGGCCCAGCGCCAUCGAGUGCCUUCGUCAUCCUUGGUUCAAGUCACCAACGAACAAGAGCAUCAGCACGGCGAUGCUGAAGCAAGUUCUGUCCAGAAGGCAAUGGCAGCGUUCGCUAAUCAGCUACAAAUCGAAGAUGGUGAUGCGCUCAAUCCCGGAGCUCUUAAAUGACUCAUCCAGCCAUGUUUCCAUCGCAGUGGCGAGACAUUUAAAAGAAGGCUCCCCACCGCCCUCCUCUUCCUCUGACUCAGAUGCAGAUGUGGAUGAGCUUCCCUUUAUCCCCAUGCCUCUGUCGAUGGUCUUCUCCGGGUCCAGGGUCUCGCUCAAUGAGAUCCCAGGGGACGAAGAUGCCACUGCAUGGCCCAGUGUUGCAGCUGAUGGGUCAAGGAAAAGGGAUGACAUGGAGAUAGCAGGUACGAGAGGAGGGGCUGUUAGGAAAAGGGUGAAAGAUGAAGAGGAAACCCAAAAUGAGGAGAAAACAGAAAAGACAAAACGAGCUCCCCUUAAAAAAGGAUCAAGCGUGGAGUCGGAGGAUUCACAAACGAAAUCCAGGAGGGCGACCAUGAGGAGAGGCAGCUCUGCUGAUUCUGCACUGCUUCUCCAUAUUGACCCAGAAGAGGGAAACGCCAACGGUGAUUCAGAGGCAAGUAACAAGAGCCUCAAAAAGGCUGUUUCUAUGGAACUACCCAAUCGCAGUCCGAGCCCUGGCGCAGCAAAGUUGAGCCAGGAGGAUUACGCACUCAAACUGGAACUGAUGAGACAGCGGUUGCUCAGGGGAGGAAGCAUGGACAAAAAGAUGAGCGGCCUACGAGGGCCAUUAUUUGAAACACUCGGUAUGGAAGAGGAGAGGCGGACUGGGUCUCUGGAUCGUAAUCUGAGGAGAUCCAGAGCAGGGCCGUCAACACUCAUCAGAGCAGCGUCUUCAGAGAAUACAGGGGAGGACAUGCCACAGACCAAAGUCUUUCGUAAAAGCGCCUCCUUCACUCAGGGGGAUUCUGAGCCCAUGCCCCUACACCGCAGGUUUGGAGCCCCCCUAGAGAUCCCAUCGGUGGGCAACGGGAGCGUAGAAGGGAAGAAGCUCCAGGAGGCGACCUCGAUGUCCGCGCUUACAGAACAAACAACACUGGAGUCGAAACCUGGCUCACCUACAAAGAGGACUUCCUUUAUACUCCCAACGCAAGACAGAUUGGACCAAGAGAACAAUGUGAAAGACCACGAGGAAAUGCAAAGUAUGAAUGAGAAGAACAUAACAGAGAAAAGGACCAAAACCCAGUUAGAAAAGGCAGAUAAAGGAGAAUCUGAGUCUAGAUCCCCGUCUGUUAUUACUCCUAUAAUCGUAAUAGAGGAGGAUGAUGAGGACGAAGAGAGGAAAGAAAAUCAAGAGCUGCAUAUUAAUGAAAAAGGAGACGAAGACACACGAGUAAAUAGUAAACCGUCGUCUGUGUAUGCCCAACACAAACAUCCGAUUGCUGCAGCCACGCCCACUGAUACAAAACCCACAGAUUCUCCCACGUUACCUGAACACGCAGCGGUAUUUUCCAAGGUAGCAACUGCUGACCGACCUCCUGGUUCUGUUUCCACAUCAUCGAACCCUGACCUUCCUGCCGUCGGCCGCCAGCCUGUGCUCAGAACAGACAUCAAAGACAUCGACUCGGAGGAGGUCUUUGAAGCCAGGUUUAAGAAGCGGGAGUCGUCUUUGACCCGUGGCCUCCGCAAACUGACCAGAAACAAAUCAGAGGAGAAAUCACCGGUGCUCAGCCGGAAGGGUGUCGAGGGCGGUGAGGAGGUUUACAGGCCUGGGCCGAGGGGGGCGCCGAUUGAAAUGGUAUCCAGAGGAUUACAGGAGAAAUCCAAAUCCGUUCAAGAUCUAAGAGUGGAAGAUAAGGAAACGGGGCUUGGUCUGAUUGGGAGGUUUUCCUUGCGGUCAAAGAGGUCAACAUCCGUUGAUAAGAAGGGCGAGAAACCAAAGGAGGAAAAGAGUCAGGAAACUGCUGUAAGCAAGAGAGUUUCAUGGGCGAUUGGUCGCAGUAAGUCCCUGGAUACGAAGGAGCUGAGCAGCGCACAGAAGCAGCUGGAUGAAAGAGAACAAAGAAAAGCUGAGGAGUCAUCUGUUUCUGCUAUGAGGCGCAAGUUUGAGUCCAAAGUGGCAGGGAUCUCUGCCAAAAUAAGGACGCAGUCAGAGGAGAGGAAGGAUAAAGACACUGGGGGAAGUCAGAAAGAGCUGGUGCAAAAGGAUUCCAAGAAAGUCCCCGACUCUCCUGUCCUGGCAAUGAAACAGAAGUUUGAGAACAAAGUGGCGGGAAUAUCCUCGAAAAUCCGUAGUCAGUCUGAGGAGAGAAAAGAGGACGGGGAGGAAAAGAGGACGCCUCUGUUUGCCCGCCAUCGUCAUUCCCAGUCUGAGGGGCGAGGACUCAAGGGUAUGGGCAUCCCUGAGAAUCAGCUAGCAAAACAAACCGGUGCCAGUGCGUCCAAGGAAUCCAUUGAAUCCACUUCUAGCAUCCAGUCCGAAAAAACCUCAGAGAGCGACAGGCGAUCGCGGUGGGACAGGUGGGGACUGACGAGGGGGAAGAGGGAUAAAACCCCCUCCCAGACGGAUCUGCCUUCAUCCACCCCCAAAGAGGAGGGUCUGUCAAAGAGCCAGCAGUUCAUACGCUCUGCUUCAGACUUCGCCCCCGUGUUCCACAUCAAACUAAAAGACCACGUCUUGUUGGAGGGCGAGUCCGUCACUCUGAGCUGCCUUCCAGCUGGAAGUCCACCUCCAGGCAUAACAUGGAUGAAAGAUCGGAAACCGCUGGAGGUGGAUGACAGGGUCAACCUGAUCUCCCACCCAGACGGCAGGCAGCUUCUUACAAUCAUGAAGUCCAGCCGCAAGGACGAUGGCGUUUAUGAGUGCAUAGCUACCAACCCGAUAGCCACCAUCACCACCUCCUGCACACUGUCCAUCGCUUGUGUCCCAAAACGACCGGGAACCCCUGAAGUCCCCCAGACCUACAACAACACAGCCCUGGUGCUCUGGAAGCCAGCAGACACCAAGUCGCCCUGCAGCUACACCCUGGAGAGAAAGACGGAAGGGGACUCUAAGUGGCUGACUGUGGCCACCGGAGUGGUCGACUGUUACUACAACGUCACGGACCUGCCAGCAGGCGGCACGUUCAGGUUCCGGGUCACGUGUACCAACAAGGCCGGACAGGGACCGUCCAGCAGCUGCUCCGCUCCAGUCAGCCUCCACCCGACAGGUGGAGGAGCUCCACCUGGUGUGGCUGUUGUAAAAACAGUCCCAGCUCCACCUGAGCCAGUCGUCACCUCCUCAGUGACCGUCCCUCCACUCCGACCGGUCCAGAACAGCGCUCCCAGGAUACCUGUCACCACCAUCACUUCCGCCUCCACCUCUCCGAAAGAUGCACCUGCUGCUUCACCUCCAUCCAAAAUGGACGCCGCACCCACCCCUCUGUCCUCAGCCAAGGACGCUCCAAAAGUAACCUCCGCAGUCAAAGCACCUCCACCUUUUGUCGUCCCCAAACCCCAGAGUCCGGUAAACGUGGUGUCUCCUAUGACCCAGACACCAGCAGCAUCGCCUCCACCUGCUCUUGUAACCCCGCCACUGACGCCAACCAAACCAGCAGCGGCCUCCGUGCCCACGUACGUCCCCACCACCACCGUCACUGCUCGCGUGGCUCCGACUCCUGUCUCCUUCUCCCCGCAAGUUCUCCAGAGCUCCAGCCUGAGCCCCAUCGCUGACGGGGCCAGUACCCCCUCCAGAAGCACCCCAUCAGGGCGUGCUACACCCUCCUCUGCUUUACGGCAGGGGGUCCCACAGAAACCCUACACCUUCCUGGACGAGAAAGGAAGGGGGCGUUUUGGAGUCGUCCGAGAGUGCCGCGAGAACUCGACGGGCAAAAUCUACAUGGCAAAGAUCAUUCCCUACAGCCCGGAGAGCAAACAGGAAGUCCUGAAGGAGUACGAGAUCCUGAAGUCCCUCCACAACGAGAAGGUCAUGGCUCUGCACGAGGCCUACGUCACGCCGCGCUACCUGGUGCUGGUGGUGGAGUACUGCACCGGCAAAGAGCUGCUGUACAGCCUGAUCGACAGGUUCCGUUACUCCGAGGACGACGUGGCGGGUUACCUGGUCCAGAUCCUGCAGGGAGUCGAGUACCUCCACAACCGCCGCGUCCUCCACCUGGACCUCAAGCCCGACAACAUCAUGGUGACCAACCUCAACGCCAUCAAGAUCGUGGACUUCGGAAGCGCUCAGAGCUUCAACCCCCUCAGCCUCAAACAGCAGGACCCAGGAGCGGGAACUCUGGAGUACAUGGCUCCUGAGAUGGUAAAAGGUGAAGUGGUCGGUCCUCCUGCGGAUAUUUGGACCGUCGGAGUCGUCACCCACAUCAUGCUCAGUGGUCAACUGCCCUUCGAAGAUAAAGACCCUCUACAAGUCGAAUCCAAAAUCCUCAUGGCAAAGUUUGACCCGACGAAACUUUACCCAAAUGUGUCCCAAAGUGCCUCCGCCUUUCUCAAGAAGAUGUUGAGCAGUUACCCGUGGGCGCGUCCGACGACACGAGACUGCUUCACGCAGGCGUGGCUGCAGGACUCCUACCUGAUGAAGCUGAGGAGGCAGACCCUCACCUUCACCUCCAGCCGACUCAAAGAGUUCCUGGUGGACCAACAAUGCCGCCGUACAGAAGGCGCCACCAAGCACAAGGUGAUGCUGCGCACCUACCAGAGCUCGCCCCAGUCCACGCCGACCGGGACCGCGCCGCAUGUUCCCAGCCCGAAGUGACGCGACGGCGAUAAUAGCAGCACCGAGAGUGCAGAGUCGGAUCGGCGCACAGCGAAGCAGAAAUAACAACUUUUUGUUGCCUCUUGAACUGCUGCGUGAGGGAUGUCGGCCUGCCGAGGGAGGCGCAGGUUCAGACAUCCAACGAAAAAAAGGCGGGAGUCCACGUGUUAUUCUGUCGAAACUUCAACGGGACUCUGAGACUGAAACAGGAAGAGAAAAGGGAACUAGAAGAAGACCGACCGUCGCAGAACUUCAGUCCAGAACUUCUCACAAACUGUUGAUCCGCUGAGAGGACACAGGAUGUUCUUUUUGUUUUAUCUUUUUUUUUUUUUUCUUUUGAUUGAUCGCACAAUUUUCUCAGUCACAUUGUGAAAAAAUUGCACACUAAACAUUUGGCUCAGACUUCUGACUCCACUCUGCACGAUCAGCCCGGAACAUGUGUAUCGUUAAACAUUGACGUCACUGAACUUUAGUAGUAAAAAAAAAAACAACUCAUGUGAAUGUACCAUGAUUUAAGCUGCUAAUUUAUUUCAUUUUGUUUUGCAUUUUACUUACAUUUUAAAACUCAAAACCAAAAAUAUUCUUUUCUUUUUUUCUUUUCUUUUCUUUUGGUGAAUCGUUUACUUUUCUCAUGUUAAUUUAUUUGCAUGUGUGCGAGCAUUUCUGAUUUUGAAAAAUUAGCAUCGAGGCAAAAAACAAAAAAAGUAAAUAAAAAUAAGGAGUGUCUUUGUGAUUGGUGUUAGGAUUCACGCCGUAAAAAUGAACUAUUUUAGGGUGAGCUAGGACUUUUUUUGGUACAACUUCUUGUUCUGUGGUUACAACUGAACUCUGUAAUAAAACUAUGAAUUGUAGAUAAGAUUUUACUUAGAAACGUCUCACAGACACUGGUAAAAAAAACACAUAAAAAAAAAAAAAAUGGCUGUUGUUUCUCAGUAUUACCCAUCGGUUGGUCAGGUUUUGCCUAAAUCACGAUCAUCCAGUCAGUGCCUAAAUCGGAUUGAUAUCCAAAACAACAUAUUGAUCUUGUAAAUGUGUCUCCAUUGAAUUCACAAUUGAUGAAAAGCAAAAAUUCGACAGCACACGCAGUCCUUGUGAUAACAGAGCGUCUCGUGUAUUGAUCCCUCGCCGUGUUUCCUUUUUUUUGUAUGAAUUUGGACGGCUGAAGAUUUGUAAAUGUACCAAUUUGCGGUGUUUAUAUGUGGGGGGGAAAAAAAAGUUGAAGAUGUUUUCAUGAGAUAGUAUGUAAUAAAAUAUUGAUACAAUUGGAGAAA